GAGAGGGAAGAGGCUGAGCUGGUGCUGGGCAGGAGCUGGGCUUGCCUUGCUGCCUUGGGGGAUGCCCUGGUGCCUGGGCCCCAGCCUGGCAGGCAAUGAAAGGCGCCCAGGGAGAGCCUGCAGCGGCGUCCCCUUCCUCCUCCUCCCCCUCCCCUCUGGCCAGGCUGCUCUCCGCUCUUUUCUAUGGGACCUGCUCCUUCCUCAUCGUCCUGGUCAACAAGGCAGUGCUGACUGCUUACAGAUUCCCGUCACCAAUGUUUCUUGGAAUUGGACAGAUGGUAACCACUAUUCUGAUCUUGUAUGUUUCAAAAUUAAAUAAAACAAUUAAUUUCCCUGAUUUUGACAAGAGUAUCCCUAGGAAGCUGUUUCCACUUCCUCUGAUUUAUGUUGGAAAUCACAUAAGUGGACUAUCAAGCACAAGCAAGCUAAGCUUGCCAAUGUUUACAGUUCUUAGGAAGUUUACCAUUCCUCUUACAUUAGUACUGGAAGUUGUUAUACUUGGGAAACAUUAUCCACCAAGCAUUAUAAUCAGUGUGUUUGCAAUAAUCCUGGGUGCUUUCAUAGCAGCAGGAUCAGACCUGGCUUUUAACUUGGAAGGCUACAUUUAUGUUUUACUGAAUGAUAUUUUUACUGCUGCAAAUGGUGUUUACACAAAACAAAAAAUUGACCCUAAGGAGCUGGGAAAAUAUGGAGUCAUUUUUUAUAAUGCCUGUUUUAUGAUAAUUCCUACAGUUCUCAUAAGUUUAUUCACUGGAGACUUCCAGCAGGCCACCAAUUUCAGUCAAUGGACAAACGUCUUAUUUGUCUUCCAGUUUCUUCUUUCCUGUGUACUGGGGUUUCUUCUGAUGUAUGCUACAGUUCUCUGCAGCCAUUAUAAUUCUGCCCUCACAACCACAGUGGUUGGCGCUAUAAAAAAUGUGACCAUCGCUUAUAUUGGAAUGCUGGUUGGUGGAGACUACAUCUUCUCUAUGUUGAAUUUCAUUGGGCUCAAUAUCUGCAUGGCAGGAGGGUUGAGAUAUUCAUUUCUAACAAUACGUGGGCAGGACAAUCUUAAGCAUCCCAUAGAUGAAGAAAAGGCAAUCCCAGAUGCAAAGAGCUAACAGAAGGAAGCAGCAUGAAAAAGCUGUAAGCGUGCCAGAAAUUCUAAAAGUUAAACAAAUGGGUGCUCACAGGGGUGCAGAAUGAAAAUUCUACCUCAUCUUGCAUUGUGGCGUCACAGACCAAGCCAUGUUUUUGGUCAGAAGAGGACAACUGGAAAACUGUGGAUUGCAUAUGCAUUUUGUUAUCCCUACACCAUGCUCAGCUAUUAUAAGAUUUUGCACUCUCCUCAGAAUGGAUGGCAGAGUUUUGUGAUUCCUCAGUACACCUCUGAAAACUCUUACAGCUGUCUGAAUGUAGUGAACUUUGCUCAGUCCAGACCUCCAUGCAACUACCAUGGGUACUGACGUACCAUCAUCUUCUCUUGUUUGAGGUUGUAUGCUGCCAGGCAAAAUGAUAGCUUGAACAAAAACCCAAACCUCUGACUUACUAGCUCAGGGGUGUGUUUACAGACUACAAAUUAUUGAUGAAUUACCAGCAUUUGCACAUGUUUUCCUUGUUGAAGAACAACUCUUGUACACUUGUACGACAGCACCUUUGGAUUCAAGCCAGUGUGCCUGAAACUAACACAGAACUUUUCUUCUUACUGUAUUGAUUCUGGUUUUUUUUAAAAAAAAUUCUGGUUUAAGUAUUUGAUGUGUGUGAGCAUUAGGGUCUUUGAAACCCAGCCUUAUUUAGAAAAACUUUUAAUCUAGGUUAGGGAGAAACGUCACUACAGGUUUGGAGAAGGCCAGAAUCCAAGGGGGUCUUUCCAAACCCAGAAGACGGUGAGGGACCUUAAGUAUACUACAUGUACAGCUGCUACUGGAUAAGUCCCUGGUUUUCAGAGAACAAAUCAAGUGUGUAGGUGGCCUGGUGUCACGUCUUGUUUCCAUUAACUUUAGCCAGAGCAGAGCUCUGAAAUGAAUUUUUAAAAAUUGCAACUCUCUGAAUCCCCAAUCUGAGUGGCUAGUAGCUACACACUUGAAGUGUCUCUCUGAGAACAGGAAUGUUGCUAAUCUUUCCUUAGUGCCUCCAGAUCUUGUGACUGUUUAGGCAACUUUCCAGCUCCCAUGAGCGACUUGUUGAAAAGGCAACUUGACAACCCAGUACUCAUUUAGUCAUUUAGAACAAGGGUGGGCUACCUGCAGCCCUAGCCUAAUGUUAAGUGCCUAGUUACCAGUUCAGGCUUCUUCAAGAGAAAUCCUGUCCCUUCCUCAACCUGAUUGGUGGGGAAGAAGAGGAGAGAAGAUGGUGAGGGUUUGUCUACUUUUGCCUCUGUCCCUGUCCGCUGCUGGAUUCAGCACUGUUCAGCAACAGCAUGCCACCCAGAUAAUGCAGCCUUUGACAGAAAAGGGGUUGUAUAGCCCUACUUUACAGUUGUCUUUAGCGCACAGCAUCAUCUUUGUCCAUAAAAUAAAUUUGCCUUGGUUGAUCAAGGCUUUAACUGCAUGAUAGAGGAGUUGAGUAAUCAACCUUCCUGACUGCAGAUUUCUUACAGUAUGUGCUUGGGUCUCAGGAGCUUUGUGUAUCACUCUGUUAUAUCUGAUCAGAGAUGAGUGAUUGGAACAAACUUUCCCCCAGACAUUAAUGUCCUUCUUAGUUGGAAAGGAGAACUGUAUGAGGACAGAGUUUCUUAUUGUUUGCUGAACUCCCUUUUACAAAAUCCCAAAUUUGGCAUUUGAAACAGGACAGCAUUCCCCUGUCUGACACCCACCAGAGAUGUUGGAAAUAGCUCCCAUUAUCCACUGCCAACAUGGUCAGUGAUUACUGUAGUUUGAGAUUAUGGGAGUUGUAGUCCACUGCUUCGGGGGCAUCACCAGUUUGGAAAGUCCAAGAUUGGCUGUAUUUUGAGAAAGCUGAACUCCUGAUCUCACUCACAUCAGCUCCAGCCCACAUGCUCAGUGGUGAUGGAAUCCAACAACAACUGGAAGGCCAAAGAUUUCCUACUCUUACUUUAACAGGGCAAAUAGGUGGUUAAGAUUGUGAUGUAUCUUUUUGUAAAUCAUAGAAAUAAAAUUAUUUCUGUUUAUAAGAUGUUUAUUUGUAAUUAAAAUGUUAAUUCUC